GUUUAUAAGGCCACGAUAAAUUAGCCCUCGAUAAGAACGGGGGCCAGUUAAUAAAGUUUUGAUAGCGAUGAAGUUGACUUUUAGUGUUCAGUACGUGGCCAAACCUUCGAGAUGCAGCUGCUGUGGUUAAGUCUUUCGAUCCUCCUGCUCCUGCAGCCCCCGAACUUCUGCCAGUCGAAGCGGCUGGUGGGACCCUACGAGCCCACGGGGCCUUCGGGUAGGAUUAAGGGCGGCGAGGAGGCCGAGAUUGGAUUCGCUCCGUAUCAGGUCUCCCUGCAACCCAUUGUGGGCAGCCAUAACUGCGGUGGUGCCAUACUGAACGAACAAUGGAUCAUCACCGCCGGUCACUGUGUGGAGAACUAUAUUCCCGCUCUGGUCAACGUCAUCACGGGAACGAAUAAAUAUGCAGAACCGGGAGCCAUAUAUUACACCGAAGAGAUCCACAUGCACUGUAUGUACGAUCAGCCCUAUAUGCACAACGACAUCGCCCUGGUGAAGCUCACCCAGAAUAUCACGUUCAACGAGUUGACCCAACCCAUUGAUCUGCCGACCAGACCAGUGCGUUCCGGCGAUGAGAUCGUCUUGACGGGUUGGGGCGCUCAGGAACCCUACGCCGGAUCGGUGGAGAAUCUGCAGAAGCUGACCCUGGGCUUUGUGCCCCUGGACGAGUGCUACGAGAUCUUCAACCAAACCAGCAGCAUGGGCGUGGGCCACCUCUGCACCUUUUCGCGGGAGGGCGAGGGCACCUGUCACGGCGACUCCGGCGGUCCGCUGGUCAGCAAUGGCCACCUGGUGGGCUUGGUCAACUGGGGAAGACCCUGCGGAGUCGGAUUCCCCGAUGUGCAGGCCGAUGUGUUCUACUAUUUGGACUGGGUUCGCAGCACGAUCAGCGGCAACGACAGAUGCUACUACUAAACUAGAAAACUGUCAUGGUUAAAUUCAUAGAGCAGAGAAAAUAAAGAAAAACUUUAGCUUGAUGGAAAUAUUUUAAA